AUGCCCUCGAUCCUAAGCGCUCGGGGAAGCUGUGGAAGGCCGUCUCGCAGACGAGCGGCCCCGCGGCGGCGGCGGCGCAGCCCCAGGAGCCGGCCGACGGGGCCCGGGCCAGGGCGCCCAGCACCAAGUGUUCACGGCCCACAUGGGCGGCCCGCCAGACCCGGGCGCGGCGCCGCCGCGGCCUCGGCCCCCCUCGCCGUCAGCCUGGAGCGCCCGCCGCCGCGGCGAGGACCAGCGUCAUCUCGGGCGGCGGGCGGCCUCCCCGCUGUCGCAGCUCCUGAGGGUGUCCGCCCACAAGACGUGGGUGCCGCCGCGGUCGCAGUCCAAGGGCGCCGCGGACGAGGCCCUGGCGGCGGUCAGCCCCGGCACCAUCCUGCACCAGAGCCAGCUCCACAGGCCGCUCCUCCAGCCGGCGGCCCCGCCCCUCGCCCCCGCCAGUACAAACGCAGCGGCGCCCGCGCCGGCGCCGCCGCCCGCGCCCCGCCCCGCGCCCCCGGCGAGGCGCCCGACGAGGCGAAGGCCAAGCACACGAUGGUGCUGAUCCCCGCCUCCUUCGGGCUGCCGUCGUCCUCGCGCGCCGCCGGGGCGUCGCCGCCGCCGGCCGCCGACGAGGGCCCGAGGGGCGCGGAGCCGCUCAAGUACUACCUGGUGUUCGCGCCCACGUCGUCGGGGCAGGGCGUGGCCUCCGGCGCGGCCUCGGGGCGGGGCGCGCCGCAGCUGCCGGCGGAGGCGGCGGCGACGAGCAUCAUGUCCCCGCAGCCCGUGUCCUCGUCCUCGUACCUGGCCUCGCUGCUGAAGGCGGGCGUGCCCCUCGUGCCCGUGUCCUCCUCGGCGUCCCUGACGCAGGUCUCGCCCGCCAGGAGCUACCCGCUCGUCUCGUCCGUGCUCGCCCCGAAGCCGCCCGCGCGAGGCCCCGCCCUCCUGCCCGCCCCCGCCCACGGCCCCCGCCCUCGCGCCCGCCGCCCUCAGCACCGUCGUCGGGGGAGCGGGCGCCGCCGUCGACGGCUUCCUGGCCUCCGCUCGGCCUCGGGCAUCCUGGGGUACGUGGUCCCUGCUUUUGUCUGGGAAUGCAUGUAG